GCCGCCCUUCCCCUCGUUUUCUCCUCCCCGGUGGACCUAUCAAAACAUUCAUAAUCAUGGGGUUGGUUUCUUUAAUUACCCCAUUCCCCCCCUCACCCUUCUCUCUCAUGUCCUUCUCAAUCAUACAGUUGAUCAUCUCUCUCUCUCUCUGUGGGUGUGUUCUGACUGCUUGAGUCGUUAAAAAAACAUUGCAGCAAAAAAAAAAAAGCGUAUCGCACGACUUCGCCUGUUGAUUUAGGGAUACUGGACAUUUCGUACCACUUUAUUAAUUAUUUUAAUUUUUUUUAUAUCUCCUUUAUAUUAUUAAAAAAAAACCAUCGCAGCAUUUCCCAAAAAAGCUUCCUUUCCUUCCCGGGAGUUUCCUGUUUUGAUACACUUUUGCUUGUAAACUCCUAAGAUUCUUGCUCUGUUUUCCACCAACCCGUACUUGCCCUGUGAAAUUCUCCUGCUCUGUUGAUCGAGCCCGGAAGAAGGAUGCCGCCGGAGUACUUCCCUCUCCGGUGGGAGAGCACCGGGGACCAGUGGUGGUACGCGUCCCCGAUCGACUGGGCCGCAGCGAAUGGCCUGUACAACAUAGUCAGGGAGCUCCUCCACCUGGACACCAACCUCCUCAUCAAGCUCACCUCCCUCCGCAGAAUCCGACGCCUCGAGACCGUGUGGGAUGACGAGGCCCAGUUCGAGGACGUGGCGAGGUGCCGAUCCAAGGUGGCCCAGAGGCUCCUCCUUGAGAGCGAGACCAAGACAGGCCCCAACUCCCUUAUUAGAGCGGGAUACGGAGGCUGGCUCCUCUACACGGCCGCCUCGGCCAGGGAUAUCCAUUUUGUGAAGAAGCUGCUGGAUAGAGACCCUCUGCUGGUGUUUGGGGAAGGGGAGUAUGGUGUAACUGACAUGCUGUAUGCUGCUUCUAGGAGCAAGAACUCGGAGGUCUUCAGGCUGCUCUUUGAUUUUGCUUUGUUCCCUUGUUCUAUUGGUGGAGGAGACGCGGAUAAAGGAGAGCAGGGUGGUGGUGAUGGCAGUUCGGGCUUUAAGUCGGAGAUGAUGAACCGGGCGGUCCAUGCUGCGGCUAGAGGAGGGAAUGUGGAGAUCUUGAGGGAGCUUCUUGGGGAAUGCUCCAACGUGUUGAUGUAUCGAGAUUUGCAGGGUUCUACUCUCUUGCACUCAGCCUCUGGAAGAGGGCAGGUUGAGGUUGUGAAAUAUCUUAUAUUGUCCUUCGAUAAUAUCGCUGCAAGAGAUGAUCAAGGCAAUACAGCAUUACACGUGGCGGCUUACAGGGGCUACUUAAGUGUCGUGGAGGUUCUGAUCCACUCCUCUCCGUCCCUAGCCUCUAUAGAGAACAACCACGGAGACACCUUCCUUCAUCUUGCUGUGGCUGGUUUCCGAACCCCUGGCUUCCGGAGGGUGGACCGUCAGAUUGAGCUCAUGAAGCAGCUAGUCGGUGGUAAAAUCAUAGCUAUGGACGACAUCAUCAACAUCAGGAACAAGGACGGGAGGACGGCUCUUCAUGUGGCCGUGUCUGAGAACAUUCAGACGAUUCUCGUGGAGCUGCUGAUGACUGUGAGAUAUAUCAACCUGAACAUUCGUGAUAACAACAACAUGACCCCACUGGAUCUCCUAAGACAAAGGCCAAGAUCUGCUUCUUCUGAGAUUCUAAUCAAGCAGCUGAUUUCUGCUGGAGGGAUCUCAAACUGCCGAGAUACUCAGGCGAGAAGUGCCCUAUUGUCUCACCUGAAAGAGGGCCUUGGGGGAAGUCCUGGGACAUCAUUCCUGAUCCCUGAUGCAGAGAUUUUUCUCUACACUGGAAUCGAGAGCACUUUAGACUCCCGUUAUGAUUCACCGAGUGUCGAACACAGCAGGUGCUUGAGCGAAGUUAGUGAGAUCAACUCCUGCAACUCUUUCGGUAAUUAUAAGAUUUCGGGCUCCAAGAAAAGUGUCUCAAGCCGUCUGAAAUUCCUCUUUCAAUGGCCCAGGCAAAGAAAAGACCGAAGAUCCCCGAAGUCAGAGUUGGGAGAUGACGACAAUGAUCCUCUGGAUCAGUCAAUAAAUGCCAGCAGAAACUUGGGUGAUUUUCCAAUUCCAUUGCGGCAACAGUAUGCCAAGCAGUCAUCCCUUUCGAAUAAUAAAAGGGUAAUGUCGUAUCAGAACAGUUUCCCGAGCCCUUACACAAGAAAGAAGUUCACGACGGGACUCAUGCAUGGGGUAAUUCAGCCUAGGCUACAUUACAUGUCUGCAGAUUCUCAUCUCAGUUCAUACUCAGGAUCCCCUGUGUCAUCACCUAUGGCAUCAGCUGAUAAAAGGAAGAAUGCCGAUAUUCGUCAGUCCUACAGCGGAAACCUUGAGAUGAACAGGAAACAGGGGUCGUUCAAUAAGAAACUGAUGAACCAGUACCUGUGCUUUGGUGCUCAAAGCCUCGCCGUAGAAAGCAGUGCGAGUGUUCAUUAGUUUUUUGAGUAGAUGUUGGAGAGACCCCCAACUUAUUGAGUAAAAUCUUUUCUGGUCCUUCCUCUAAUGUGUUGACCUGGAGAUAUCUCUAUGGAGCUUUUUAUUGUGUGUAUAAUAGCAUGAAUGUAUAACUUAAAAAAAGAAAACGUGACUGUGAGUUAUGCAGAAUGCGAAGAUCGAUUCUUCCUCA